GCAGCCCCAUCAUCUCCGCUUAAGAUGUACAGCUUCAUGGGAGGGGGUCUGUUCUGUGCCUUCGUGGGCAACAUCCUCCUGGUGGUAUCCACUGCGACCGACUACUGGAUGCAGUAUCGCCUCUCCGGCAGCUAUGCCCACCAGGGUCUGUGGAGGUACUGCAUGUCCAACAAGUGCUACAUGCAGACGGACAGCAUCGCAUACUGGAAUGCCACCAGGGCCUUCAUGAUCCUGUCAGGGAUGUCCUGCUUUGCGGGCAUCAUCGCUGGUAUCAUGUCCUUCUCCCACUUCUCCUCCUUUGAGAGGUUCAACCGCUCCUUCGCUGCAGGAAUCAUGUUCUUUGUCUCCACUUUCUUUGUCCUGCUGGCUAUGGCCAUCUAUACUGGAGUGACUGUCAACUUCCUGGGGAGGCGCUUCGGUGACUGGCGCUUCUCCUGGUCCUACAUACUGGGCUGGGUGGCUCUGCUCAUGACUUUCUUUGCAGGGAUUUUCUACAUGUGUGCCUACAGGAUGCAUGAAUGUAGGAGAGGAGCUGGCCCACGCUAG